UUCCGGGUUGUCUGACGCCCGGUUUUUCUCCUCGCGUUUCCUGGUGGGGGUUUGGAAACCCAGUGGAAACCCAGCAUGUGACAUCAAUGAGCUUCCUCCUUGGUGACACCUGGAUGUUGGAGGUCUUGUGGGUCGACAGAACACAGUUGAAGAGGACCAAGCUUUUUUAGUUUCUCCGAACCAGGUUUGAGCGAUGGAGCCAUCCAGUGUUGUACGGAUGUUAGCUGGACUGUACAUACUCAGUCUGGUGUGCCAGGCACAUGGCUUAACUCCAGGGGAAGUGUCCAUUAUAGCAGGGGGAGGGAAGCCCCAUGAGGGAGACAGGGAUGCCUGUGUGGAUACUGCAGCCUCCAUGGAUGGGUUUUUCCUGGAUGCCCGCUUCAACUACCCAUGGGGACUGGUCUUCGACAAGUCUGAUAACUCCAUCUAUGUGGCUGACUGUGGCUGCCCAGAUACACCUCAUAGCAAUGACAGGAUCAGGAGAAUAUAUCUUUCUGACAGUUGGGUAACAACAAUAGCUGGAUCAUCCCAGGGUAACCAGGAUGGGGUUGGAAAAGACGCUCACUUUCACCAUACUGCAGGUAUGGUUGUUGAUGAGGACAAGGCCAUGCUUUAUGUCUGUGACAGUGCAAAUAAUGUGAUAAGACAAGUCAGUAUCAAAACAGGAGAGGUCAAGACCUUUGCUGGGAACCCAGAUCCUGAGGAAGUAGAGUUUAAGGAGGGAAAAGGUCUUGAUGCCAAGUUCUACCACCCACAAGGUUUAUACCUGGAUACCAAGCAAAAUAGGAUGUUUGUUGCAGACACAGAUAACCAUGUGAUCAGAGAGAUGAGUAUGCCUGAUGCCGUGGUAAGAACUGUUGCCGGUGCCCCAAAGAAGAAGGGCUUGGUGAAUGGGCGGGGCAGUGCAGCCAGGUUCUAUCACCCAACUCAGAUGGCCUAUGAUCCCUACACAGACAUCCUCUACGUAACUGAUCAUUACAACCAUGCCAUAAGGUCAAUCAAAUUACAAGGUUACGAUGUAGGUAUUCUGGCAGGAAGCCUGAAAGGGGAGCCAGGGUUCAAAGAUGGCAAGGGUACAGACGCCAGACUUAACAAUCCUGAGGGGAUAGCGUUUGACACCACACACAGGGUCCUGUAUGUGGCAGAGUUUGAAAACAACUGUAUCAGAAUGAUAACUCCAGCAGGGAUAGUGAAGACCCUGGCAGGUGGACCCACGGCUGGAUACAAAGAUGGAACAGGUGCAGGAGCUCGAUUCUUCCACCCCACGGGGCUGACCUUGGACCCAACCAACAAGGUCAUCUAUGUGACAGACCAGUACAACCACUUGGUGAGAAGUGUGACGGCAGUCGGACACAACUAUGAUGGGCCUGCUGAGAUGGUGUAUGUAGAACAGAACAGGCCUGGACGACAAGCUUCCCGCUGGCAGAACAGCCAAGCAGCAGUGAUGAUGGUGAUGGGGGUAGCCGUGUUUCUCCUGCUGGCAACUGCAAGGGCCGUCGCUCGCAAGUUUUGCAUCAAGCGUUCAUACUGAAACAACUGAAGUCAGCAAUCAACCAUACUGAGAACCAAAAGUAACGGGAAUUGAGAUUGAAAUCUUUCCUAAUCUAUAGUCAGAAACGGUUAAUCAGAACUUAGAACAAUUAAAUAUUGGAUCAUAAAAACAUUGACUUGAAAUAUUGCAGAUUACUAUUUGCUAUCAUUUAUGACAUUUAUUGUAUAAAAUGACAAUCACAUUUUGUCAGGUAGCUGGGAAUAUGGUCUAUUAAGAUUUACACUUUGGUAUCCUAAAUUCAAUACUAGACCAAAAACUACUUUUUUUUAGUAUAUUGCUGCACUAUCUUGCUUUUGAAUUCCACACGUAGAAUUUUUUUAAUUGUAUCAACACACUGAAACAAAACCUUCAUGCAUUGAGGUAAAGGAAUAGGUGAGAUACAUGGAGUACAAUCUACUACAAUGUAUAUUCCAACAAAGCAGUGUUGAGAAACUAUAUGUCAGAAAAAUAUAAUAUUAUAUUUUUGUAAAUGUCUAAGUGUAAAUGGUAUAUAAGGUAUAAGUGUCAAAUGCCGCCUUGUGCGUCCAGAAAUCUGUAAAGUACUUUCCGUUUGAAUGGUGAAUUAUGGCUGUAAGGCAAUGGUGUAUAAAUCUACAGUUUGUAACUUCCCUAAGUUGUAGAUAAUUGGUUUAAAGUGUGUAAAAUUGCAAGCUAUUUUAGUUAAUUAACUGGUGAAUCUAUUUGCAAAGUUUUGCCCGAAGGUUAUAAUUGCAAGGGAAUAAUGUAUGUAAGCAAUAGAAAUUGUAUGUAGAUCUACGUGAUACGCAUAUGUACAGAGGGGGUGAUUUUUAAAGCAUUGCUAGUCUAUUGAUUUCAUGAUUGCGGUAGAAAUGUCGUUUUUAGAGGACUUUAUUUUAGAUGGAGAACGAAGAUUGUGUGGUAACAAGUAAUUUUCCAAAAAAAUUCAUAAUCAGAGUAUCGUACAAAUGAAAUUAAAUGUUAAUAUCAUUUUGCACUGCUUCCAUUGUACAAUACUUUCUCUUGAAUAAUUUCUCUUGAACCGGUAGCUUUUUGUAACAUCUCUUUGCUUUCGCUAGUGGCUGGAGACUGAUUCGUAUCUUUUACUACAAACAUUGGAAUGCUUGUAAAAAAAAUAUUCAUUGUAUUAACAGCUUUUCACUGAGUAUUUGGUUUGAAAAUGUUUCUAAAAUUUUCUUUUGUAUGUACCCUUCCAAAAGUUAGUACAUGUAUUGACUUGUCGGUGAAUAUGUUUUCAACUGUCGUUAUUUUAUGUGCAUGUUACGUGUAUAUUCUGUACAUGUACAAGCUGGGGGAUAAGGAGAAAUAAAAGGUGAAAAAUGUGA